AUGGAUCGCUAUGUGGUUAUCCAUGUGGCCACUACUUGCGAUGAGCACGGUGUCUAUGUGACUAAGGAUUCUGCGGAGGUCAUUGAAAUCGGUUGGAUUCUCCUGAAUGCAAAGUCUCUCGAGGAGGUUUGAAGCUCUGAUGUGUCUGUUCGUUUCCGAGGUUCCUCUACUGAUCCAUUUGACGGUGGUUAGAUGCACAGGGAGAGUGUUCUUGUGAGGCCAGUCAACACUCCCAUCACUCCGCUAUGCAGUACGAAGCUCCUUCCACCCUCCCUGAUAUCGGAUUCCUCUUUCCGAGCUUCCGCUAAUGGUCUUCUAAUGCAGCAAGCCUUACCACGCUUACGUGGGAACACGUGCGGACUGCCGGAUCGUUUAGAGAUGCCGUCAAUCGGUUUGACACCUUUGCACAGGAAUUCCUGAUAUCGCAGCAAUUAGACUUUACCUUCGUGACCUUGGAUGCUUGGGAUCUCCGAGUUCAGUUGCCUCGCGAAGCCAGGGAUAAGGCUGUUGUUUUGCCCCCGUAUCUACAACAUUCCAGGACUUUUGACCUGAGGACCGAAUAUACCCGGUGGCAAUCACAUCAUCCGGAGUCUUUGCCCUUUGGUCCAUCCUCUCUGGCUAAUAUCUGUGCCGCCCUCGAGGUUGAGCCUGUUCAAUCAUCGGCUCCGAUAAAGCACAAUUUGCCCUUCCACCUCCAGGCCCUGGCACCCGCUUCCCCUCGCAGAGCCAUGGAAGAGGCUAUCACGCUGGCAAGGGUUCUGCGCGGAUUGAUCAAGAAAUCCCAGCCCCCGGAACAGCACCCUGAUGUGCUAGCAAGGCCCAUGGACGCCAGAGCUGAUGUCAGGGCUUUUCUGAGCGAGAGGAGUAAAGUCCUUCAUAUGAGCGGAUUGCCGCAUGAUACCACACAAUCUGAGUUGGAAAGCUGGUUUACUCAGUAUGGCGGUCGUCCGAUUGCCUUUUGGACACUCAGGACCCCGGACCAACACAAGCCAACGGGUACUGGGUUUGCUGUGUUUUCGUCCCAUGAAGAGGUAGUUUUUUUUACCCCCGGCUUGGUUUUUUGUGUUUCUAGCGUUGGCUAAUCAUUUAUUAUGUGCAGGCCGCCGAGAGUCUUUGCAUGAAUGGACGAGCGUUGAAUGAGAAGGCGAUUGAAGUUUCUCCUAGCAGCAGCCGGGUGCUUGAUAGAGCAGCAGAGAUCCUCACACCGUUCCCUCCAAGUAAAAACAGACCUAGGCCGGGAGACUGGACCUGCCCGUCCUGCGGGUUUUCCAACUUCCAGCGUAGGACUGCUUGUUUCCGGUGCUCGUUUCCUGCCGUUCCCGCCGGGCCGGGCCCCGAUACCAUGUUUGGCUACUCCGGCUACUCCCAGAACAUGGUUCCUCCUCAACCUCCAGCUAUGGGACAUGGAGCGGGGCAUGGACUGCCAGCCAGGGCCAUGCCGGGCAGCGGUGGGGCGGUGCCUUUUAGAGCGGGGGACUGGAAGUGCGGUUCUGAUGGUUGUGGUUACCACAAUUUUGCCAAGAAUGUUAGUUGCUUGAGAUGUGGUGCAGGUCGUGCUGGUGCAGCGGUUGCCGAAACGCCGUUUCCAUCGCCUAUGGAUGGAUCCACGUCUUAUGGAGGAGGGUUUGGAUUGGGACCAGGACAGGGUCUUGGGGGUGGGGCGGGGCCUGUUGGAGGUCAGCUUGGGGGAGGCGGUUUCCAUAGCCAGCAAUUCGGCGGUCAGCCUAGCAAUUUUGGGUUGCCUUCCGGUCUUGGGGGUGCUUUUCCUCCACUGAAUACGUCUUUGGGUCCUGGAAUUGGACCCAAUUCUGCCGGUCCUUUUGAUCAGAGGGCCGAGCAAGCUUUCUCAUCUGGUGGAAAUGGGCCCAAUGGAUUAUAUGCAGGGCUACCCGAUGAUCAGGCAUUUUCAUUCCUCUCUGGGGGACUUGGCGGACUUGGUCUCGAUGAUUCCAGGAGGAAGGAGAUCAAUGGGGGUGGGCGCUCUCCCGGUGCAUAA